GCCGCUCCGACUCUGAGCUCCUACUGCAGCGCGCACGGCACGUUCGUUCCCACGCCCGGUGCGCGCGGGAUUCCAGUAACGCGGUUUGAAUUAUGUCAAUCAGUGCGUCAUGAUGGAAACUAUAGCGGCAGUUUUAAUGGUCACCAGUGCUUCGGUUUAUUAGUCGCAGAGGAGGACACCGCUGAACGCUGAUGGGAUUCUGCAGCUCUGUCGUUUCUUUCUGAGGAGAUUAAACGCGGAGGAUUUUUGCGCGAAUUCCAAGCAAGUCGGCGAUAAUCGAACCGCAGCGAAACAAGUGUUUUAAUGUUUUUAAAGGCGUUGUUUCUGGAGUAAGUGAGUUGGGAUUCCUGCGAAGGUUCCCAUCAUCCGCAGUGUGAGCGCGACUGCGGGGGUGAGGUGAAAUACGCAGCGGGAACAGGCACAUAAUGUCCUCAACCUCACGAGAAGCCUGACUGAAUACUGAUACCGCGUACAGGUAGAGAGAAGUGGACGGAGACACUCUUCCCAUAAGGCACCAGGACAAUGGCUUCCCACAACAGGAGAUGGAACUUUGUAACUUUUUCUUGCUGCAUUAUUUUCUUGUUGGUUCCCCUCGUGGCUCCGAGGACCCAACAGCCUUCAGCAGCAUCCAUAGUACUUGAGGAAUAUAAUACAUUCCGGGCGGAAAACCCAGAAUGGACUUUUAACCACCUAGCUGUGGAUCGCAGUAAUGGGAAUGUGUUUCUUGGGGCAGUUAAUCGCAUCUACAAACUUUCACCUAAGCUGGACGUACAGGUGUCGCAUCAGACUGGUCCGGAAGAGGAUAACCGGAAUUGCUACCCACCCCGUAUAGUCCAGCCUUGUAGCGAACCACUCACGUUGACCAAUAACGUCAACAAGAUGCUGCUCAUGGACUACCGUGAAAACCGGCUGCUAGCAUGCGGCAGCCUGUACCAGGGUAUUUGCAAGCUGCUUCGCCUGGAUGAUCUGUUUAAACUUGGAGAGCCCUUCCAUAAAAAAGAGCACUACCUCUCUGGCGUCAAUGAGAGCGGCUCCGUGUUUGGAGUCAUUGUGUCUUACGGCGACGCCUCACCCGAUAAACUUUUUGUGGCUACAGCUGUUGACGGAAGGCCGGAGUACUUCCCAACAAUUUCCAGUCGUAAGCUCACCCGUAACUCUGAGGAGGACGGGAUGUUCGCCUACGUCUUCCAUGAUGAAUUUGUUGCCUCUAUGAUUAAGAUUCCUUCAGAUACUUUCACGGUAGUUCCAGACUUUGACAUCUAUUACAUCUAUGGGUUUAGCAGUGGGAAUUUUGUCUAUUUUCUCACAUUGCAGCCUGAAAUGGGGGGAGGCCCGACGACGGGGUCUUCGGCAGCGGGACGCGAACAGGUGUACACUUCCAAACUGGUCCGACUAUGUAAGGACGACACAGCGUUCAACUCGUAUGUUGAAGUUCCUGUCGGUUGCGUAAAGGAUGGAGUUGAGUAUCGCCUGCUGCAGGCUGCCUACCUCUCCAAGGCUGGUUCUAUCCUGGCACGGUCGCUGGGCGUAGGACCCGACGAUGACAUCCUUUAUGCCGUGUUCUCCAAAGGUCAAAAGAGGAGGCCCAAAGAAUCGUCUCAGGAGUCUGCACUCUGUGUGUUCACUUUGAAAGAAAUCAACGAAAGAAUCAAAGACAGGCUGCAGUCCUGCUAUAAAGGAGAGGGAACGCUGGAUCUCGCUUGGCUCAAAGUGAAAGACAUCUCAUGUAGUAGUGCGCUCCUAACCAUCGAUGACAACUUCUGCGGUCUGGAUAUGAACGCCCCGCUCGGCGUCUCAGAGAUGGUACGUGGGAUUCCCCUAUUCUCAGAGUCCAAGGACAAGAUGACGUCCGUUAUCGCCUACGUGUACAAGAACCACUCUCUGGCUUUUGUGGGCACAAAAGGUGGACGUCUUAAAAAGAUUCGUGUUGACGGCCCUUCCCGUGGUGCCCUUCAGUACGAAACCAUUCAGGUGGUCGACAAAGGACCGAUCCUGCGAGACAUGGCCUUUUCUGCCGAUCAGCACUUCCUGUAUGUGAUGUCAGAGUCACAGCUGACAAGUGUCCCAGUGGAAGCCUGCGAGCAGUACUCGUCCUGCAAUGAGUGUCUGGGAUCUGGAGAUCCUCACUGCGGCUGGUGUGUCCUCCACAGCAUGUGCACCAGAAAGGAGAAGUGCGAGCGGUCAUCCGAGCCCCGCCGUUUCGCCUCUGAUAUAAAGCAGUGCGUGAGGUUAAGCGUUCAUCCCAACAACAUUUCUGUGUCCCAGUUCAGUGUCAUGCUCGUCCUGGAGGCCCAUAAUGUGCCAGAACUUUCCGCGGGGGUCAACUGCACCUUCGAGGACCUGGCAGAGAUGGACGGUCUGGUCGAGGGCAAUCGCAUCACCUGCAGCUCUCCCGCAGAAAAGGAAGUUCCACGCAUUGUCGUAGACCAAGGUGACCAUCAAAUUGUGCAGCUCUACCUUAAGUCAAAGGAGACGGGGCUGGCUUUCGCUAACACUAGCUUCGUCUUUUACAACUGCAGUGUCCACAAGUCGUGUCUGUCCUGUGUCGGAAGCCCCUACCAGUGCCACUGGUGCAAAUACCGGCACACCUGCACCCACGACCCCAGCAGCUGCUCUUUCCAGGAGGGUCGGGUCAAACAACCAGAGGAAUGUCCUCAGCUACUGCCCGCAGAUCACAUCCUGGUACCGGUCAACGUGGUGAAACCCAUCACCCUACGGGCCAAGAACCUGCCCCAGCCACAAUCAGGCCAGCGUGGGUACGAGUGCGUGCUCACCAUACAGGGCGUCGAGCAGAGAGUCCCCGCCCUCCGCUUCAACAGCUCCAGCGUGCAGUGCCAGAAUACAUCGUACUCGUAUGAUGGGAUGGAGAUGAGUAGCCUCCCCGUGGAUCUGACAGUCAUCUGGAACGGAGACUUCAGCAUUGACAACCCGGCCCAAAACAAAGUGCACCUAUACAAGUGUGACGCUCGGCGGGAGAGCUGUGGCCUGUGUCUGAAGGCGGACCCUCUAUUCGGCUGCGUUUGGUGUAAGGGAGAGAAUCGCUGCUCUCUGAAACAGCACUGUCCUCACCCCCAGAGCAUGUGGCUAGAGCACAAUGGCAUCAAUAGCAAGUGCACACACCCCAGAAUCACAAAGAUAACUCCAAUGCGAGGGCCGCGUGAGGGCGGGACGCUGGUGACCAUCCGGGGUGAGAACCUGGGGUUGGAUUUCAGUGAGAUCCAGGACCAUGUGAAGGUGGCAGAUGUGCAGUGCGUGCCAGUGCUCGAGGGAUACAUUCCUGCAGAACAGAUCGUGUGCGAAAUGGGAAAAGCACAGCCAAGCCAGUUUGCUGGAAACAUCCAAGUGUGUGUCGGAGAGUGUCGGCCUGAGUUCAUGGCCAAGUCAUCGAAGUACUACUAUUUUGUGGUUCCCAGAUUGUCGAGUUUGAAGCCCAGUCGUGGGCCUGUGUCUGGGGGGACUAUCGUCAACAUCACCGGCAGCAACCUGGACGCUGGCAGCAAUGUGUCCAUCAUGUUCAAAGACCAGAAGUGCACUUUUCAAAGGAGAGGAGGACAGUGGAUAACGUGUCGAUCACACGCCUCUAUGCAAGGCUAUGGAAAUGUGUCCGUAUCUGUGUUCGUGGACAAAGCAAACAUUCACAAAGAUCUCAAAUUUGAGUACGUGGAGGACCCCACUAUCACCAAACUGGAACCCGAGUGGAGCAUUUUCAGUGGCAACACUCCGGUGACCGUGACCGGUACCAACCUGGAUAUCAUCCAGAACCCCCUCAUCAGAGCCAAAUACAAGAACAUGGAGACGGUCAACACGUGUCAGGUGCUGAGUCCCACCAUUAUGCAGUGCAUGGCCCCGGAGUUUCCCAACAGUCCGAGCAGACAGAAAGAAGUGCCAGAAAGACCCGAUGAGUUCGGCUUCAUCCUGGACAACGUUCAAUCCGUGCUGGCCCUAAACAACACCAGCUUCAUCUACUUCCCAAAUCCCGUGUUCGAACCGGUCAGUGUGUCUGGAGUCCAGGAGCUCAAACCAGGAUCUCCCAUCAUACUCAAGGGAAGGAACUUCCUUCCUCCAGCACCGGGUGGCAACGGGAAGCUGAACUACACCGUUCUGAUUGGAGAUAAACCUUGCACGUUAACUGUAUCCGAUACUCAGCUGCUCUGCGAAUCGCCCAAUCUAACCGGACGUCACAAAGUUUUGGCCCGUGUGGGUGGCAUCGAGUUUUCUCCAGGAGUGGUCCACAUCACCUCCGACAGCCCCCUCAGCAGCACCGCCGUCAUCAGCAUCGCCGGGGCAGGAGGCCUUCUCAUCUUCUUCAUUGUCAUCGUCCUCAUCGCCUACAAGCGCAAGUCCCGUGAGAGCGACCUCACCCUGAAACGCCUGCAGAUGCAAAUGGACAACCUGGAGUCCAGAGUAGCCUUAGAGUGUAAAGAAGCAUUUGCCGAACUACAGACGGACAUUCACGAGUUGACCAGCGAUCUAGAUGGAGCCGGUAUUCCUUUCUUGGACUACCGCACGUACACCAUGCGAGUUCUUUUCCCUGGAAUCGAGGAGCACCCUGUUCUCAGAGACUUGGAGGUGCCUGGUUACAGACAGGAACAGGUCGAAAAAGGCCUUAAACUCUUUGGACAGCUUAUCAACAACAAGGUUUUCCUGCUGUCCUUCAUCAGAACCCUUGAGUCCCAGCGAGGGUUCUCCAUGAGAGAUCGCGGCAACGUUGCCUCCCUGAUCAUGACGGUGUUGCAGAGUAAACUUGAGUACGCCACCGAUGUUCUCAAACAUCUGGUGUCCGACCUCAUCGACAAGAACCUGGAGAGCAAGAACCAUCCCAAACUACUGCUCAGAAGAACGGAGUCGGUGGCUGAGAAAAUGCUCACAAACUGGUUCACUUUUCUGCUGUACAAGUUUCUCAAGGAGUGCGCCGGAGAGCCGCUGUUCUCUCUCUUCUGUGCCAUAAAGCAACAGAUGGAAAAAGGACCCAUUGACUCAAUCACAGGAGAAGCCCGCUACUCGCUGAGUGAAGACAAGCUCAUCAGACAGCAAAUUGAUUAUAAGACGUUGGUGGUGAACUGCAUGCACCCAGACAACGAGAAGAGCCCAGAGGUCCAGGUGAAGGCGCUAAACUGUGACACCAUCAGCCAGGUGAAGGAGAAGAUCUUGGACGCCAUCUACAAGAACGUCCCCUAUUCUCACCGACCCAGAGCUUCUGACAUGGACUUGGAGUGGCGUCAAGGCAGAGUGGUCCGAGUCAUACUACAAGACGAAGACGUUACCACCAAGAUUGAGGCCGACUGGAAAAGACUCAACAUACUAUCUCAUUACCAGGUGACUGAUAAUGCCGUGGUAGCACUUGUUCCCAAGCAAGUCACUGCAUACAACUCUGUCAACAAUUCCACCGUCUCCAGAACCUCUGCUAGCAAAUACGAAAACAUGAUCAAAUACACGGGCAGUCCGGACAGCCUGCGUUCCCGAACCCCGAUGAUCACACCUGACCUGGAGAGCGGCGUCAAGGUGUGGCAUUUGGUAAAGAACCAUGAGCACGGAGACCAGAAGGAGGGAGACCGUGGCAGCAAAAUGGUCUCCGAGAUCUACCUGACCAGGCUGUUAGCUACCAAAGGUACGCUACAGAAGUUUGUGGAUGACUUGUUUGAAACCAUCUUCAGCACAGCGCACAGAGGAAGUGCCCUCCCCCUCGCUAUCAAAUACAUGUUUGACUUCCUGGAUGAGCAGGCCGACAAGCACAACAUUCACGACCCGCACGUCAGACACACGUGGAAGAGCAACUGUCUACCUCUAAGGUUCUGGGUGAAUGUGAUCAAGAACCCACAGUUUGUGUUCGACAUCCACAAGAGCAGCAUCACGGACGCUUGUCUGUCAGUAGUGGCGCAAACUUUCAUGGAUUCGUGCUCGACGUCGGAGCACCGCCUGGGCAAAGACUCCCCUUCAAACAAGCUGCUGUACGCCAAGGACAUUCCCAGCUAUAAGAGCUGGGUGGAAAGAUAUUAUUCAGACAUUAAUAAGAUGCCUGCGAUUAGCGAUCAGGAUAUGAACGCCUACCUGGCAGAGCAGUCCCGCAUGCACAUGAACGAGUUCAACACCAUGAGCUCCCUCAGCGAGAUCUACUCUUACGUGAGCAAAUAUACAGAGGAGAUCGUGUCUGCGCUGGAGCAGGACGACGGUGCCAGAAAACAGAGACUGGCCUAUAAACUGGAGCAGGUGGUCGCCUUCAUGAGCCUGGAUAGCUGAGGACCGCAUUUCCCAGAGUGCACUGGGAGAUCCAUCCGAAACCGAGCCGUGCCUGAGUGAAGACUGUCCAUCUAUCUCAUCUCUUCUGUUCGCAAUCUUCCCACAAAACAAGCUUUUGCAUCAUAUUAGCUCUGCUUCCUAGAAGAGUAGAGAUGGGAACUGAAGGGUGGGCGGAGGAGCCAAGGACUACAUUACCUACGAUGCAGCGGACUGGGUGGCCAUCCGGCUCUGCUGUGUAGAGGAGGGAUGGCUGCCUGCGAGUUCCCCUUCAACGUGUCCACCAUCCUUCUCCCUGACUGAAAAAAGACAAAAAAAAAACUUUUCUGUUGCCUUCGAAAUUUAGCUGAUAAGCAGAAACCAAGAUGUUUGGUGUCAAUUUGUUCUGACUUUUAUGACUAGGGUAGAGUACGGCACUAAUAUAGAGUCAUUGUAGUGCUUUUAUUAAACACUGAAACGCAAGACGGCAAAGGUACUGCACGCGUCUGAAGAAUGCAGACCAUACCAUUUCAAAAGACACAAAACACCUCGAGAAUAUUGCGUUUACAGGACACGCAAGAUGAUUUUUGCAUUUUACGCACCCGGGCGGGUGCUUUGAUAAAGAGCUCGUGCCUGCUCGUUCACACUUUGAAGAAAGUGAGGUGUAUUAAACCCUUUGGGGUUUAGCAGGACACAGGGAGUAAGUGCUUCAAUCGUUUCGUCUCUUCCAGGAGCUUACUUGCUCACAUCUCCUCCAUUUCACCCCCAGCCUUCAUUUUGGCAUCUGUCUGGCUUGUGCACACGAAUUUAACCUCUCUCUUCUAGAUGAGUGGAGAAAAAAAGCCAAGGUUCAAUCCCCUUAGAAGCACACAAACCCACAUACACACACGUCUCCUUGCAGUUGCAGUGGACCUACGCUGUUCUGCAAGUUGGCAAGAUCUUUAUAAGCACACGUUCAAUAGCUUUCUCACUUCGCUUAUCCAGUAGAAGACUUUAAUUACAAAUUAGCCAAUUCUGAAUUAGUUGUUAAAGGGGGAUUGAAGAUGAUGCAAUAGUGACGGUAUGAGUUGCUGAAAGCGCACACAUGCAACCUGGCACUAUUUACUGCUACAGGGUCGCCAGAUAAUGAACUUUCCGGAAACCCACAUAUGAACAAAGUUGGUCAGCGAAACACCAAAGGAGCCCAAUUUAAAAGAAAUGCACACACACACACACAUAACAACAACAAAAUCAGUGCAAAGAUUGUCUCGGAAAAUAAAUUACUCCAGAAGACCCAAACACAAGGCACUGUUUGUUUUAUAACCUGCAGAAUAAAUCUAACGCUCCGUAUCUGCUGUCCAAUAUUUAUUUCUCCUCAUUACGCCGCGCACGGCACAAAGCUCAUAGUUACACUUGUUCGUCCAAGUUUGGUUACUGCACAAGAAUCGACUUACUGGAAGAAUCAGAAAAAAAACCCUGAGCUGAAGUUUUAGGGCUUGCUUGAUAUGGAAGUGUAUUGGCAGCACUGUAUCUUACAUGGGCGUUCGACUCCAAACGAAGAGUCGGAGCGGCGAGGACAUACAAGUAUUUGACGUUAACUUUGGCGAAGGGAAAGAGUCAAGCUGCCCUCUUUUCCAUCGUCCUCUGACCUAUGAGCUUUCUUUUCCCUUGACAGCGUUUCACAAUGUGGUGAUGUGAAUGUGUGGAGCUCAGCCCGGGUCCACCUUGGGUUCUUUAUUGGCUUUUUCAGCGCAUGUAUUUCAACUUCGAAAAAAUGAAAAAAAUGAAAAACGAAAAAAUAAGCCUGGCAAUUGAUGAUGUGGACGUGUUCUUUUCUUUCUUUUGCUUGGAAGAACGAGAUUGAAGAAAUGGCUGUCAUCUUAAAAAUUGCAAACCUUCGUUAGGGUGGAACCUUUAUCCUGCCCUCGCAUUCUACUGCCAUAACCAUGUUUUGUGAAUGUGUUAGAUGCUAAUAAGACUAAGGUGAUUCCUUACGCAGAUAUAGUAUAUACCCUUGCAUGCUGACCUAUUUGGAUGAUAUGAAAUGAACUGCCUUGCUAGCAAUUUAUCUAAUACUACUAGGAAUUUCUAAACAGAACCAAACUCUUGUUAGGCUUUCAUCAGACUCCUUUGCUCACGAGAAAAAUCCUAUUUCUGUCCGGCUGAUUGCCUUUCUCAAAGGCCGUCCAGCCGAAAUUUCUCAACAAAUGUCGGACCACUGCAUCAUUAGUGUCCACACACCUGUCAGGUCCAGAUGUUUAUUGGCCGGAGGUUCACAACAAACAUGACAUUUACCAAUUUCGACACACACAAUAUUUUUUUUACAUUUAUUGUUGUCUUUAUUGAACGCCUCUAAGGAGACGAUUCCCUUCAGUGUUCAAUUGGACCUCUCCAUUUUCUGUCCAUAUAUUAUAACAUUUCUCCAUUGUUUGUUAGCCUGCAACUGUUAUAUGUUUGAAUCGUUUUGAGGCAACCUAAUGUUUUCAGGACUCAUCAAAUCAGCUUUCCACCAAAUUAUUUUUUUAUAUUAUUAAGAAUAUUGUCUGUGUCCCUUUUGCCUGCGUUUUUUUCAGCGUAGCUUAGUUACAGAGGAUUGUUAAAUGGGGUAUUGCAGGAACGUGACUUCCCUACAGAUGCUUUUAAUACGAUUCUAAUUAAAAAUGUUGUCGCUAUUUUAAUGUAUUUUGAAUCUUUCAAACCAAACCCGUGUUCAUAAGCGAAUAAGCAAAAUCUUAUUAUUAAUUUACAAAGUCAAAUUGAGGUCUCAAAUGAACUAAUGGUAAAUUAAUUGAAAACCCUGUUUGAAAAAUCUUAUUCGAUGUUCCUGGACUUCCCCACAACAAAAAGAAAAUCUGUUACGUUGUACGUUCCAUUUUUCAUGUACGUCCGCAGCAGGUGUCAUGUGACAGGGCCACCCCCCUCCUUUAUGUCCAAAAAACCUGAUAAAGUUUCCACCUUAAACAUUUUGUAAGAACUGAAAAGUCCUUAUAGCUCAGUGUUAUAGCAGGUGUUACAGACCUGUUAGAAAAGACUUUUUAAUAUUUACUGAUUCGAUGCAAGAAAACGAGUUACCCUGAUGGGAGGAGAGAAAGAGAGAGAGAGCGAGCGAGCGAGAGACCAGCGGAAAGGCAAGCUUCUCUAACUUUGUUAUAAUUAAUUGUAUACCUGUGUAUGUAAAUAUAAUGCAUUCCUAUUUUGCAGUCAAGAACAAAAUACUAUUUGUAAUAUAGAAUAAACUUUAUUAUGAAAAAGA